CGGAAGGCCCAGAGCGCGCAUGCGCAGCGUCGGUCAAUGGCGACCCGGAGAGACGGGCGGAAGCUAAUUUGGCAACAUGGCGGCCGAGGCAGACGGCCCGCUCAAACGGGCGCUGGUGCCGCUUCUCUUACCUGAGGAAUGCUACGACCAAAUUUUCGUCCAGUGGGACUUGCUUCACGUCGCCUGCCUCAAGAUUCUCCUCAGCAAAGGCCUGGGUCUGGGCAUCGUGGCUGGGUCGCUGCUGGUAAAACUGCCGCAGGUGUUUAAAAUCCUGAGAGCCAAGAGUGCCGAAGGGUUGAGCCUUCAGUCAGUAAUGCUAGAGCUAGUGGCACUGACGGGGACCAUGGUCUACAGCAUCACCAACAACUUCCCCUUCAGCUCUUGGGGUGAAGCCCUGUUCCUGAUGCUCCAGACAGUCACCAUCUGCUUCCUGGUCCUGCACUACAGAGGACAGACCGUGAAAGGUGUCACCUUCCUAACAUGCUAUGCGCUGGCCCUGCUGUUGCUGCUGUCCCCACUGACGCCCCUGGCCCUCGUCACCCUGCUCCAGGCCUCCAACGUGCCUGCGGUGGUCUUGGGGCGGCUGCUCCAGGCCGCCACGAACUACCGGCACGGGCACACGGGCCAGCUCUCAGCCGUCACCGUCUUUCUGCUCUUUGGGGGCUCCUUGGCCAGAAUCUUCACCUCCAUUCAGGAGACCGGAGACCUCCUCAUGGCGGGAACCUUCGUGGUCUCUUCCCUCUGUAACGGCCUCAUCGCUGCCCAGCUCCUCUUCUACUGGAACGCAAAGCCCCCCCGCGAGAAGAAAGAGUAG